AUGGGGAACACCGAGAGCAACGUGACGAGCGGCGUCAAGAAGCAGGCCGGCACCUCCACGCAGAAGCUCUACAAGCUGGUGGACCUCAAGGACCCCGCGCGCUGCCGCGACGUGUGCUGGGACCUGCGCGAGCGCGGCGCCGUGGGCGAGACCAUCCUGCACCUGUGCCUGCUCAACGCCACCGCCGUGCACGCCGACAUCGCCAAGCGCCUGCUGCGCUUCUACCCCAAGCUCGUCAACGACAUCUACAUGUGCGACGAGUACUACGGAGAGAGUGUUUUGCAUGUAGCAAUAGUCAAUGAAGAUCCAGCAAUGGUAAAAUUUCUUUUGGACAGUGGAGCCGACGUUCAUGAGAGAUGUUUUGGGAAUUUCAUGAGUCCAGAAGAUCAGAAAGCAUCAAGAAAUGACUCACAGGAUCAUGAAUGGGUGAAUGUAUGCACACUUACAAAUUAUGAAGGGUAUGUUUACUGGGGAGAAUAUCCAUUAUCGUUUGCUGCAUGUCUUGGACAAGAAGAAUGUUAUCGUUUGGUUCUAGCAAGAGGAGCAAAUCCUGAUGCCCAGGACACAAAUGGAAAUACUGUUUUACACAUGCUAGUCAUUUAUGAAAAGCUUGAAACUUUUGAUAUGGCAUAUGAACUUGGAGCAGCAAUUAACAUUCGAAAUGUUUUAAAUCUUACUCCACUUACUUUGGCAGCUAAACUAGCUCGUAUUGAAAUGUUUUUCCACAUUUUGAACAUUGAAAGAGAAAUUUAUUGGCAAAUUGGUAGUAUAACUUGUGCAGCAUAUCCUUUAUCACAGAUAGAUACAAUUGAUAUUGAAACUGGUAAAAUAAGUAAAGAUUCUGCCUUGAAUUUGGUUGUAUUUGGGGACAAAGAUGAACAUUUAGAGUUAAUGGAAGGUUUCCUUGUGGAUCUACUUCAUGCAAAAUGGAACACGUUUGUUAAAUUCAGGCCAGGGCCUCAACAACAUCCAACAAGCCCUACAAACACUUCAGCUCCAACAAUGCCCACAAACAUUACCUACUCUGUUACUCCAACUAACAGCUAUACUACUCCGCUAGAAGACCCAAAAGAAGUGAUAAAUAUUAAAUAUAAUGAAAAAUUCAUAAAUACUCCUAUUCCGUAUUUAAUGAAUCCAAAUUUUCAAAGUAUAUUGAAAGAAUAUUCAGAAAAGAAUAGCUCUAAUUUAGCUGAACUUAAAACCAAUUAUAUUGCAACUACAGAAGAAACACCAAUAAUAGAAAAAGAUACAUCUAUUAAUUCCUCUUACGAUGGCAAAAGGGAAUACACUACAAUGAAUUCUUCACAAACAGUUUUGUCAGAAAAUGAAUUGAAGAUGAAGAGGACAGUUACUGAAACACCUGGAAGAAAAAAUGACACAAAAGAAAAUGUAUCUGAUACAGAAUCAAUUUUUUUUGCAGAUCCAUGGAAUGUAUUUCAAAAAAUUCUUAAUGGAGUUAAGAACACAACUGAUGAACCUGACUCCAAUGAUGAUGAUUGGUGGAAUGAGUUACAAGAGGAGUGUCCAUUAAUUCAAUUCUCAACAUAUGAAGCAAAAAUUAGAAUCGUUGCUGAACUUUGCAUGCUGCUGGGAGCUAUUCUCUACAUUCUAGCAGCAUUACGGGAAGCCCGCUUUCUUGGACUAAACAUGUUCAUUGAAAAUUUGAUGACUGCACCAUCAAGAGUGAUGUUUUUAUUCUCAUGCACACUAAUGCUAUUUAUGCCCCUUUUAAGAUUUUCCUGUACAACUGAAUUUGAAGAUGUAGUUGCUGUAUUAAUCAUGAUGACUACAUCUCCAUACUUUCUAUUUUUCUGCAGAGGCUUCAAAACUGUAGGACCUUUCGUAGUAAUGAUAUAUCGUAUGGUCACUGGUGAUCUGCUUCGAUUUGUAACAAUAUAUUUGGUGUUUGUAAUGGGAUUUUCACAAGCCUAUUACAUUAUUUUCUUGACAUUUGACAAUCCAAGUACACCCGAAGGAGUAGAUGACUCUGUAUCCAAUCCAAUGCCCAACCCCAUUGAGUCUAUAAUGGCUAUGUUUCUCAUGUCUAUGGCAACAUUUGGAGACUACUAUGCAGCCUUUGAAAAAACAGACCAUGAAUGGGAAGCUAAGUUGAUGUUUGUGUUAUUCAUGGCCAUUGUUGCUAUCCUCCUGGUGAAUUUACUUAUUGCUAUGAUGGGGAACACAUAUCAAAAAAUUGCUGAAACAAGAAAUGAAUGGCAACGUCAGUGGGCACGAAUAGUUUUGGUGGUGGAAAGAGGUGUGAGUCCUUCUGAAAGAUUGAAAAAUUUAAUGCUCUACUCUCAACCUAUGUCUGAUGGCCGUCGAGCAUUGGUAUUGAGAUUAAGUCAGUCAGAAGAAGACAAGAGUGAAAUGAAGGAGAUAUUGGAGAUGAAGCGAUGUCAUGACAGGAUGGUUAAGAAGAGAUUAAUGGGUGCUAACAAAUUGUUAUCAAAAAGUCCAAGUCCCAAGAGACUUAUAAUGUAACUAACAAUGUAAAUAGAACCAUGCUACUGUUGAUAUUUUAACUCAUUGUAUAUAACAUUAUUUUAUAUUUAAAAUGAACAUAUUCCAUUAAAAAUCACUUCACAUUUUGCACAAUAAUUCAAAAACUUUUACAAACUACUUUUGAUCUUCCAUCUGUGUUCAUCGCGUGCUAUUGAAAAAGAGUAAUUAGC